UUUUUGGCUUGCUUGCUUGCUUGUCCUUGAACCCUAUUGGACUUCAGCAAUUUUGCUGUCUUGAGGAGUGUUCUACUAAGUCACUGCCUGUUCAGAAAAGAAUGUAACAGUGUAAUGACUGAGCUUGAAAGACUGUGGAUUCUUUCCCUUUACAACACUUGAUUUCAGCCUGUGAAAGAGGUGUUUUCCUACAGAAUUGCAGAUGAAUGUUAACACCCUUGGCUGGAUUUAAAACAAAGCAAAAACAAAUAGUAUAUACCUAGUUUACGAGCCUCUUGUGUCCCAACUGAAGAAGAAAUUUUGUUUAAACUGUGAUUGGCUGUAACCUGUAGUUCUUCAGAUUGGGUAAAGAAAACGAAGGACCCAGUCAAGUGAGAGACUCAGUCAAAUACAAAGCUUUUAUAUUUUCAUCUAAAUUUUGAAAGAUGUCUUGGAAAAGGAAUUAUUUUUCUGUAGGAAGGGGCAAUGUUCAGGGGAUGUUUACUCCACGCAAUACAACCUCUAUAGCACCCAGUAAGGGUCUCAGCAAUGAACCAGGACAGAACAGCUGCUUUCUGAAUAGUGCGUUACAGGUUCUCUGGCACCUAGAUAUUUUCCGUCGCAGUUUUCGACAGAUCACAACACACAAAUGCAUGGGAGAUUCUUGCAUCUUUUGUGCUCUUAAGGGUAUCUUCAACCAAUUUCAGUGUAGCAGUGAAAAAGUAUUGCCAUCUGAUGCCCUGCGCAGUGCCCUUGCAAAAACGUUUCAGGAUGAGCAGCGAUUCCAGCUGGGUAUCAUGGAUGAUGCUGCUGAGUGUUUUGAGAACCUGUUAAUGCGGAUUCACUUCCACAUUGCAGAUGAGACAAAAGAGGAUAUCUGCACUGCCCCGCACUGCAUUUCUCACCAGAAGUUUGCAAUGACCUUGUUUGAGCAGUGUGUCUGUACAAGCUGUGGUGCCACCUCUGACCCUCUGCCUUUUAUUCAGAUGGUACAUUACAUCUCUACCACCUCACUCUGCAAUCAGGCCAUCUGCAUGUUGGAGAGACGAGAGAAACCUACUCCGGAUAUGUUUGGGGAGCUACUACAGAAUGCCAGCACCAUGGGAGACCUACGAAACUGUCCAAGUAACUGUGGAGAAAAAAUCCGAAUUCGCCGUGUGCUGAUGAACUCUCCCCAGAUCAUCACUAUUGGUUUAGUGUGGGACUCGGAUCACUCUGAUCUGGCUGAAGAUGUCAUUCACAGCUUGGGUACUUGCCUCAAACUGGGAGAUCUCUUCUUCAGAGUAACUGAUGACAGAGCAAAACAGUCAGAAUUGUAUUUGGUGGGAAUGAUCUGCUACUAUGGGAAACAUUACUCUACAUUCUUCUUCCAAACUAAAAUUCGCAAGUGGAUGUACUUUGAUGAUGCUCAUGUUAAAGAGAUUGGUCCAAAGUGGAAAGAUGUUGUGACCAAGUGCAUUAAGGGUCAUUAUCAGCCUUUGUUGCUGCUUUAUGCUGAUCCAAGAGGAACACCAGUGUCAAUGCAAGACCUUCCUUCUCAGCUGGAUAUACAGCAGUAUACCAGGACCUGCUAUGAUAGUGAGGACUCAGGGAGGGAGCCUUCCAUCUCGAGUGAUACCAGGACAGACUCCUCUACAGAGAGUUAUCCCUAUAAACAAUCACACCACGAGUCUGUGGUUAGUCAUUUUUCUUCGGAUUCGCAGGGGACUGUUAUCUACAAUGUGGAGAAUGAUACAGCUUCUCAAAGCAGCAGGGAUACAGGACACCUGACUGACAGUGAAUGUAAUCAGAAGCAUAUUUCCAAAAAGGGCUCACUGACGGACCGCAAGAGGAGUUCUAGUCGGUCUCGGCGAAAAGGGGAUGAAGCACAGUCUUCAGGGUAUCACAGUGAAGGGGAAACAUUGAAGGAGAAACAAGCCCCCAGAACUGCCCCCAAACCAUCCAGCAGCACCAGCAAGCUGAGGGAGUUUAAAGAGACAGUCAGCAAUAUGAUCCACAGUAGACCAGCUCAGACCUCACAAAGCAACCAGAGCACUCCUCGUGGAAGGAGUGUCAGUGAUCAGGCCGAGAUGCGGUCCUCCAAAAAUCUGCCUGCACAUUCUCAAACCUGGGAAAUAGAGAGUUCCAGCAGUGAGUCCAAAUCCAGUUCAUCUUGCAAAUAUCGGCCAACGUGGAGACCUAAAAGGGAGUCUCUGAACAUAGACAGCAUCUUCAGUAAAGACAAGAGGAAAUAUUGUGGCUACACACAACUCAGCCCCUUUUCCGAAGAUGCAGGUAAAGAAUUUACAGAAGAUGAGCUGAAAGAACCAGCUCCUCCAGAAAUGAAGCCAACCCAACCAUAUGUUAGAUGCAAGUAUGGGGGUUUAAGUCGGGGCACCCAGCACGUAAUGGAUCAGCAUCCUCGUCUGAUUCAGAGGAUGGAAUCUGGCUAUGAAAGCAGUGAGCGCAACAGCAACAGCCCAGUCAGUUUGGACAUGCCCUUAUCAGAGAGCUCUAGCACCCACAGGGAUCCUUACAUGAAGCGAGUUGGUGGACUGGUACCUGCCUGGCGUAACAUCCCAAAAUCUCACAGCAGCAGCAUCUUGGAAGUGGAGUCUUCUUCAUCAACCAGUGGUUGGACGAACAGCAUUCACUUCAUUGGGAAUGGUGGGGAGAUACCUGUGCCAUCAAAAAGCGAAUUGGAUCAAUUACAGGAGGAAGUGGCCAGGCGGGCACAGGAACAAGAAUUACGCAGGAAACGGGAAAAGGAAAUGGAGGCAGCAAUGGGCUUUAAUCCUCAUCCCAGCAGGUUCAUGGACCUGGAUGAACUGCAGAACCAGGGGAGGAGUGAUGGCUUUGAGAGGUCCAUGCAGGAGGCAGACUCAAUCUUUGAAGAGUCGCUACAUCAGGAGCAGAAGGGGGAUUGUGCUGCAGCUUUGGCUCUCUGUAACGAAGCUAUAUCUAAACUAAGACUUGCCAUGCAUGAUGCCAGCUCUAGCACUCACAGCAGAGCCCUAGUCGAUAAGAAGCUGCAAAUCAGUAUCCGAAAAGCACGGAGCCUCCAGGAUCGCAUGCAGCAUCAACAGCCAUCGCAGCAGCUGCCGCCGCCAACCUGCCACCCACCACAGGGGGGCACCAUGACCCAAUUUACAAGUGAACAGACUGGCCCACUCCAAGUACUGCUGAGUCAGGAAUUACCGCUGGAACCCAACAGAGGAGUGGAAUAUGGGUCCAGUUCUUUCUUCCACUCACCUGCUUCCUGCCAUGAGUUGCACUCAUCAUUAUAUCCAGAGGCUUCCUCCCUGCCCCCUCCUGAAAGCAAUCCACCAAACAGGACAUCUCCAAACUUCCAAUCUGCUUCUGCUGAUUUUGAUGACCGAGCUCACUCUUUUCCCUAUAGGCAUGGGUUGGCUGAGAGACCCACAAAGAUAAAGAAUGUUGCCCAUCAUGGUGUGGAUUUUGAUAGAGCCACAACCAAAGGGCUAGAAGACUAUAGGGAUUGCUGCAGCAGCAGCAAGUUAAAUGAAGUUCAUGACAUAACAGCUUCACUCACAGCUCAGCACAAAAUCAAGACUAAUACAGUAAACUCUGGGUCUUUGCCUACACUGUUUCCCUGUCCACAUCCAGCACAAGCAGCAUGUCCUGACAAAAGUGGCCAACACAGUCCUUGCUUCACACUUGCAAGCUUUCCUGUGCAGCCCAGCAUUGACCAGCUAGGGAGCUAUCAUUCCAUGACUCCUGCUGCUUUAUCCCCAUUACUUCAGUGUCCCCAUGAUCCUGUACAGACAGCAGAUAAGUAUUCCAGACCAAACAGCCAUGAAACUUUACUCCACCCUCAGGAUGAAUUUGGAAAGAUGGAGUCUUGCAAAUCUGAUACCCUGACCACUAGAGGGCAUGUUCGUUUCCUGGCAGAACAGUUUCAGAGAAUGCAUGGGGUCUGCAAAGAAGGUACUCAUGAGAAAGGGUGGACUGCAGUAGUCUGUCAGGAUGAGAAAUCUCCAAGACUAAUGCAAGAAUCCAUCACCAAUCUUUCACCCUUGGUCUAUAGACAACACAUUCAUCAAAGCCAAGAGAACAGAAGUUGGUCUUCUGAGAAGUCCCUCUCAUCCUUGGAUGUUAGGGAUGGGUUAGUUUCCAUGGAAUGUUUAAGUGCCAAACACAGCUCUAAAAAUCCUGGGUCUCACAAAAAAGAGCAGUGUGGAAGAGGUGGGCAGAAUGUAACAGGCUCUGUAAUCUGCCAGGAAAGGUGCACACAUGAAAGAGGCAUGAAACAGGUAGAUGAUGGAACUAGUUCUGGCAUGGUAGUGUCUCUGCCUGUGAAUCACUGGGUGGAUGAUGUUAAAAGUUCUCAGCUGGAAAGUAAGAAUACCGAAUGGCUUCUGGUGCCUAUGAGGAAUCCAUUGCUUCCUGAGAAGAGAAGAGUUAGAGGUGACUUGGACAGGACCCCAAUGCAGCUGCACCCACAGUGGAAUCAAGACACAGAACAGGAGAUUUCUGAGCUGGAAUCCCUCUAUCAGGCUAGUCUGCAAGCAUCUCAAGCUAACAGGUCUGUGCUGGGAAGAAUGGACAGUGCCAGGCAUCCACUAGGCCAAUCAGUCUCUGCAAACGUAAAUGCAAGGAAGUUGCGUACUGCAGCUGGCAUGGGUCUCUCAAAAACGCCGACAGCAGAGAUUGAACGCAGCCUGUAUGGAUCUAUUGUCUCUCCUGUUUCUAAGGUCACAUAUACCAGAGACCACAGCAGGGAGCCAGAAGAGGAGAUGUAUAGUGCAGAGAAUUUCCGUCGUAUCGCUCGCAGUCUCAGUGGGACAGUCAUCGCAAACAAAGAAGAGACCCUGGUCUCGUCUCAUAGUUUUGAAGCAUCAAAUAUGAGGAGAAUGCCAGUGGAAACCAGGCACCGCUCUUCCAGCUCUACUUCCCUUCCUUUUCCCCAUGACCCUCCUGUGUUACCCUUUGAUCCCCAGCACAACCCAACCUGGCCGCAGCACCUGUCCCAUGACGUAUUGAUGCCUAGCAUGGUGGGCAAGGCACAUAGACCAUCAGGAGAUCAGAAGAACAUCCAGAAACUUCUGGUUAUGCCUGACGGGGGUGAAACUUUCCAAGGUGAAGACCACACAGGUGUGGCACUGAGCUAUGGAAGUCUCCCCUGCGCACAGAAAUGCCCCUCUGCCCAAGGGCAAAGGCCUCUUGAUCAGCAUUUAGGAGGUGGGGCAUCAAGUCUCUCUGGCCAUUGGCUGCAGUUGAGCCACACUGCUAAACAAACAGUGACAUUGCCAGAUAAAGAAAAAAUGCACUUGGGAUGCCCAGGCCAAUCAGACAAAGGCUUACAGGAAGACUUCCUCCAGCAGCCCUUACAACAUCAAAUGCUAGAGUCUUAUUCCAUCAAGUGUAGGCCACCAUCCAGCACAGACUACAGCAUCUUAAGAGCACCAUGGGGGCUGCACUGGAAUUCUAGUCACCCUCAAGGUUGUCCUGUGCCACCUGCUCGUGCUAAGGUGCCGGGUCCAAAGAGGGUUGAUAUGCCCCCAGAAGAAGAUUGGCGGCAGAACAGCUAUACCCUGCAGCCAGGUGGAAAGAGGAAACUGCCAGUGCGUGUGGUGGCGGGUGCUUUCUCUUCUGCUACUGAGACACACCGAAAUAUCAUAGCCCGAGUAGCAGCAGCUGCUGCCACCAGACAAAAUAAUGGCUGGGGAGGCCUUCUUCAAAUCAGUGCAACCCCAACAAUGAUAAACUUCCCUGUGAACAGACCAUCUGCACUGUAGCUGUUAUGGAGGUGCUGUUUAUUGUAAAGCAGCAAACUUUUUUAGUUGGUGUUUGUGCCAGUUCUGUUUUAAAAUAUAACUAUACAGUAUGUGGAAGCUAACUGCAAUGUGUUUCUUUUCUGGUAUUGCUGAAUUGCUGUCUGUGGGGGAAGCUCUCAGCUAUUUCAGUCCCAACGUCUCAGCAGGAAGUGUUGUAGGGAGUAGUAGAUAUAAGGGGCACUGGCUAUGGACACACGCACGCACGCACGCACGCACACACACACGGAAAAAGGACCACACUUUUAUGGUCUCAGUAAUGAAACAGCUUUGGUUAAUUAUUUGCGUACAGAACCAGCCCACUUAUUUUUUUUUUCCUUUUGUUUUUUUCUUCUCUCUCUUCUACCCCUUACUAGGGUAAAACUGAUCUACCUUCCAGGUUUCCAGUAAAAUCUAAACUCAGCUGGACUGGCAGCUAGUGAGGCAAACCCACCAUUCAUUAUGCUGAUAUCUCAAGCACAGACCACAGCUGUAGUUGCUAAGUAGGGAAGUGGGAAGGAGACAUUGCCCCACUAAUAAACCAGAACUUCCCCACUUCUUUCUGGCAAACUAACAAUGCUUCAGACAGAAAAGACUGUUAAUGCUGCACGCUUAAUUACACCAAUGUAAACACAAAAUACGUUUAACUAUUUUAGGGUCAAACAUACUUGCUUUUGUAAGUAUUUUUUGAAUAAAUCUAUGAAAAUAGUUCUAUUUAA